AUGCCCGUUGAGCUUCGCAAGCGCAAGGCCCCGCCUCCGCCUCCCGCGCCGGUGAAGAAGCGGGCCACCAAAGCCACCAAGGCCGCCGCCAAGGCCAAGGAACCAGUCGAGGACGUCGCCUCCAAGGCUGCCGAAACCGCUUCCAAGGCCGCUGAGGUCGCCACCGAGACCGCUACUGCCGCUGCCCAGACGGCUGCCGAAGCCGUUGCCAACGGCGCGGCGAAGGUGGCUACGGCUCUGGCCGGCAACCCCAAGGUCGGCGAUCUCAUCGAUCUGGACAACUUUGGCGGUGAGGUUGAGACCAACGACGGCACCAAGACCAGCUUGAAGAAGCUCGUUGAGGAGAGCAAGGCUGGGGUGGUGUUGUUUACUUAUCCCAAGGCUUCUACUCCUGGCUGCACGCGGCAAGUCUGUCUCUUCCGCGACUCGUACACCGCCCUGUCCUCUGCCACCGGCCUCUCCAUCUACGGUCUAUCCUCUGACUCUCCAAAGGCCAACACCACCUUCAAGGAGAAGCAGAAGCUCCCUUACCCCUUGUUGUGCGACCCCUCGUACGCCUUGAUUGGCGCCAUCGGCCUCAAGAAGGCUCCCAAGGGCACCACCCGCGGCGUCUUUGUCGUGGACAAGCAAGGCAAGGUCCUAGCUGCUGAGGCCGGUGGCCCCGAGGCGACGGUCAAGGUAGUGGAGAAGGUGGUGAGUGAGAUGGGGGAGGAGGGCAAGACUGAGAAGAAGGAGGAGGAGGAGGAGGCGGAGGAGGGUGAGAAGAAGGAAGGCGAGGAGGAAGAGAAGGCCGAAAAGGACGAGGCUAAGGAGGAAGGUGAGGAAAAGAAGGAGGAUAAGGCUGAGGCCAAGGAAAGUGAGGAAAAGGCUGAGGCCAAGGAAAGUGAGGAGAAGAAGGAUGAAAAGGACGAGACCGAGGCCGCAGAGAAAAAGGAUGAAAAGAAGGAUGAGAAGGACGAAACCAAGGCCGAAGAGAAGAAGGAGGAGCAGGACAAGGACUCCGAGACCAAGGACGACGACGAGAAAAAGGCGGAAAAGAAGGAUGCCGCCACCGACGAGGAGAAGAAGGAGGAUACAACAAACGGCGAGAAGAAGGACGAGAAGAAGACCGAGGAGAAGAAGUCUGAUGACGACAAGGCCGAGGAUAAGAAGGAGGACAAGGAGGCUGAGGAGGAAAAGAAGGACGAGAAGAAGGACGAAAAGACAGAAGAGCAGAAGGAGAAGGAGAAGGAAAAGGAUGAUACCGAGAUGAAGGACGCAUAA